AAGGUUGGGGGGAGGAGGUCUAAUGGUACAGUACCGCCUAGACUUGCUCAAUUGUAAGAUCAGUGGAGGGGCUUGUGAUUGGUUUGGGGUAUGUGGUGGUCUCUGGUGGAAGCAGGGAAACUUAUUGCCUCAGGUUGGCAACUAAUGCUGUUGGCCUGCUGUAUGCAGUAGUUUGCCUCUUGAGUCCUGCUUCCAUUUUGAUCUCCAUUGUUACAUCCUGAUGCCCAAUGACAGCCUGGAUCAUUUUACCUGUCAGUCUGUCUGCUUUUUCCAUUACUGGCAUAUGGAUCGUCUAUGCAAUGGCAGUGAUGAAUCAUCAUGUCUGCCCAGUUGAAAAUUGGCUAUACAAUUCAUCAUGUUCAGGAGAUUCUUCCAUACAUGGUUACUCCAAAACCUGUUGCACUAUUGAAGAUAUCCCACUGAUAAGUAAAUGUGGUUCCUAUCCCCCUGAAAGCUGUCUGUUUAGCCUGAUUGGGAGUGCUGGAUCAUUUAUGGUUGUGCUGAUCUGUUUCCUGCGAUAUGGACAGGUGAUUGAACGUAGCAGACGUUCAUGGAUAAACACAAGUGCCCUUAUUAUGGGUUGCACCAAUGCUGCAGGACUUGUUAUGGUCGGCAACUUUCAGGUGGAUCAUGCCAGGCCACUGCAUUACAUUGGGGCUGGUCUGGCCUUCCCCACUGGCCUUUUCUUUGUGUGCCUACAGUGUGUUUUGACCUACCACGUUGCAGUGACAUUCUGGGAUCACUGGAUGGCUCAUCUACGGGUUUUUCUGGCAGCAAUUGCACUGAUUACACUCGUGCUGAGUGGAAUUUUUUUCAUUCAUGAAAGCUUUGUACUUCAGCAUGCUGCUGCAAUCUGUGAAUGGAUUUUUACCGUUGACAUGCUAGUCUUUUAUGGAACUUUCAGCUAUGAGUUUGGUGCUGUCUCUACAGACACUUUGGUGGCAGCUCUCCAACGCUCAGAUGGAAAAGCCUGCAAGUCUCCUGGUAGCAGCAGUACAUCUACUCAUUUGAACUGCAACCCUGAAAGUAUUGCAAUGAUCUGACCAAGGACAUUUGGGAUGGGAAUGUACCAGCUUGAGAACACUUUGGAGUGAUCCCCAUCCCAAGAUGUUAGUGUUUUAUUUUUUUUUUUUUUUUUAUAUAUAUAUAUUCCAGACUUUUCUAUGUUGUGUAUUAGAAAGAAACAUUCCAUGUAAAAAAGCUAAACCUGACAGGUUUAGCAAGUCAUUUGUUCAGUCCUGGAAUACUUUAGUCUGCUCUCAAAAGAGUGAACUAUAUAUACACCUUGGCGCCUUGCCUGUUUCUCAGCACUUGGAACAAAUUGCCAAAGUUUUUUUUUUUUUUUUUUUUUUUUUUUUUUAUUAAAUGCUGUGAGGGUACAUGGAGUGGAAAGAAAGCUGCUUUGAAACAUAGUUAUAAGGUCCAUUGUUUCAUAUUUUUCAACCUAUGCAUAUCAGUGCUUGUGUAGCAGACAUUGUGUUUGUGAAGUACUUAAGUAAGGGAAACCGUGCUACAGAUGAAAUGUUUGAGUUAACCUUUAAUGGGUGUGAGACAAGGAGUUCCGUCUAAGCUGGUAGCAGUCCUAAGGACUGCAGAAGGUUCUGAACAGUUUUCAAACUAUAGCAGGCUAGCGUUUAAUCACACUUCUACCCAAAUUGCUUUUAAAAUGCAGUAUGGAUCUGACUGUGUGUUUAGCUAGCUGAUAACUGGGCUUUAUACUGUUACAGUUAGAAAAAUGGUUAGGGGUGCAUAUUUCUUGUCUGUAACAGUUGCAUUUUGAAUUAAAUAACUUUAUUCCUAUUUUAGAAUAUGGAUUGUUGCUAAUUCAGUUGCGUUUGUCAGUUUAGGUGCUGGUAGAGAAGAAAGCAAGAGGUGGGCAUACUGUCCCAUGGAGUUUGGCACUUUAGAAAUCUGUGGAUAGCCUACUAGAAUAGGCUUUUAGUAUCGUACUAUGUUUUUUGAAAUCGUAGGCUUGUUGAAAGUUUAAUUUGUCACCAGUGUGUGCACACUUGUCUCACACCUGACUAGGUUAAGGCUAUGCAAGUACAGAAUAUCUGUUUAAUUUUGGAGGGUUCUCUCCUUAUUUCAUUUUUUUUUAAUUUCAAGGAACUAUUCAAGUAUUUAUGUAAGUUAGUAUUUAUUGAGUUUUAAUGUUUUUUUUGUGGUAAGUAGACCAGUGGUGUAAGCAUCCCUUUGUUGUGCAUUAACACAUGUGAAAGGCAAUAAUAACUAACGAUAAUGUAAUUCUCUGUUGGAGCCAUAGAUUCUCUGUUGUGUUGAAGCAGAUACCAAGAUUAAUUUUCAUUGGCUUCUGGACAUCUUUAUGGAAUUCACCAAAUGCAGUGUAGUCCUGUUUCAGCUGGUCUUGGAUUACCUGCUGUAAUAAAUACUUUUUGUACUUCUGUAGUGCCAAGAAAUUGGUGUAAAGAAUCGGCAGGUCAUGAUAUAUAUAUAUGCCAUGUGUCUCUUGGUACACCAGGGAGAUGCAUAUUUUAUCAGUACACAACUUCAGGGAGGGUGUGUAGCUGGCUGGCACCAGCAUAAGACAGUGUUUUCCACAAGAAAUAUAGCUGCAUUUUUUCCAGAAAUACUUUUUUAUAUAUAUAGAUAACUGGUAACAGUGAUCCCAGAACUGUUAAAAACUGUGCCACAUUAAACUGUAGGCACUGUAGAAGUGAGAGUAUCCUCUUGUGUGCCUUUGGUGGCUCUUGUGGGAUCUGUCAUGGCUUAGAAUAAUCUGUCAUAUUUUUGCUAAAGCUAAAAUUGGGGAGACAUUGGGUGUUACAGGAAUACUGUGGUUAUAUGCCUUAGCAUGUUUUAUCUGUCAUAUAUGUCCCAUGGGACUGUUUUCUUUCAGUAUUAUGAUAGCAUUUAUUGGGUUAACUUUCUUUUAAUCUAUAUCUUUACGGGUGAAAUUGCUUCUUUUAAACUUAUUUAAAAUGCAUAUCUUUACAGGUGAGGUAGUCUGUGGAGGGGGUAAAAAAAAAUCACAAAUCUUGAUAACAGCGCAUUAAAGAAAUAGCCAUGCACAGUAUUUUUAUAUGUGGAGGAUGAAUGCAAUCUGCUGUUACUUUUACCUCUGUGGCAGAGACAGUGUUAACUGGGCUGAGUGAAUGUGAAGAGAGUUGAUUGAUAUUUUUUUUUUUUUGUAUUUUAUUAUAAUUUUUCAAUAAAAAGUGAUAUUUCUCAAACAGAACUAAAUUGUCCUUUUCCAUAAAACCAAUACCUCAUACAUGAUUGCAGUGAUGUUUAUGCAGCAGCCACCAGAGAGCAGAAAUGCAUCCCAAGACAGAGGCUGAAUGUACUGACAAGAUCCAUGAAAGGGAAAAUAUAUGACGUGAGGAGCUUCUCUGUCCAGUAUCAGGAUUCCUCUAACAGGAAGACAAAUGAACAUUACUGUAGACUAUUGGUGCUGCUUUUUCUAUAAAAACAAUGUAAUUAUUUGUUUUGUGUACAUUUUAAACAGAAUAAUAAUAAACAACUUAGGGCCUCAAA